AUGAAGAGCCUAGUCGUCCAAGUCCUUACCGGACGGUGGUUCAUGGUGUUCGCCUCCUUCCUCAUCAUGUCCGCCGCCGGCGCCACCUACAUGUUCGGCCUCUACUCCACCGACAUAAAAUACUCCCUCGGCUACGACCAAACCACCCUCAACUUGCUCAGCUUCUUCAAGGCCCUCGGCGCCAGCGUUGGCGUACUCUCCGGCCUCAUCAACGAGGUUUCGCCGCCGUGGGUGGUGCUCUCAAUGAGUGCAGUACUUAACUUCUUCGGCUACUUCAUGGUCUGGCUAGCAGUAACCAAAAAAAUUUCAACACCCCAAGUUUGGCAGAUGUGUUUGUACAUAUGUAUCGGAGCAAACUCUCAGCCUUUCGCUAACACCGGAGCUCUGGUCACCUGCGUCAAGAACUUCCCGGAGAGCCGAGGCGUCGUGUUGGGUCUUCUCACAGGUUUUGCGGGUCUAAGUGGAGCGAUCAUAACCCAACUAUUCCAUGCAGUUUAUGAUAAUGACACAAAAUCUCUCAUUCUGAUGAUCGGAUGGUUGCCGGCGGCGAUCUCGNGGUUUUGUGGGUCUAAGUGGUUUCGUUUUUCUCAGAGUGAGUAUGGUGGUAGUGCAGCCACAGUUCUGAUCUUGCUCUUUUUACCUCUAGCUGUUGUUAUAAGAGAAGAGUAUUAUCUAUGGAAGAAGAAGAAAGAAGCCAUGGAUAAUCUUUCCCAGCUGAAGAUCACAACAGAGUUGCCGAACACCGAGACUACGUUGCCUCCGCCACCAGCACCGUCGUCGUCUUCCACCGCCGCUACUGAACUACCCAGUUCCCCAAAGGAAGAAGCUUCUUGCUUCAAAACAAUUUUCCAGCCACCUAAUAGAGGCGAUGACUUCACUAUCCUUCAAGCACUCUUCAGCAUCGAUAUGCUGAUUCUCUUCCUAACAACAAUCUGCGGAGUCGGCGGGACAUUGACGGCCAUAGACAACUUGGGUCAGAUCGGAACUUCUCUCAGAUACCCAACUCGAAGCAUUAGUACUUUCGUCUCUCUCAUCAGUAUUUGGAACUACCUCGGAAGAGUAGUCGCCGGUUUCGUCUCCGAAAUCAUGUUAACCAGAUACCAAUUCCCUCGGCCAUUGUUGCUUACAAUGACCCUUGUUCUCUCAUGUGUUGGUCACCUUCUCAUAGCCUUUGGUGUCCCAAAUUCUCUCUACGUCGCCUCAGUAAUAAUUGGUUUUUGCUUUGGAGCACAAUGGCCGUUGCUUUUCGCCAUCAUAUCUGAGCUUUUCGGACUAAAAUACUACUCCACACUCUACAAUUUCGGCUCAGUGGCGAGCCCAAUUGGGUCGUAUAUACUCAACGUGAGGGUUGCUGGACAUUUGUACGAUAAGGAGUCGAACAAACAGAUGAGAGCUUUGGGACUCGCUAGGAAGCCUGGACUAGGAAGUUUUAUAAGAGUGACAUUUACAAGAGAGGAGGCGCAAGCAGCUGAGACACAGAUGGCACUGGCGGAGAACGGCAUCAUCGUCCGAUCAUCAUUGGGACGAAGGGGGGUUGAAGAUUGA